AUUUUGCUACAUAUAAAGGUAUUUUAAAGUUUUUGAAGUGUCAAAAGGUCAUUCGGUUUAACCGUCCAAAGGCCAAUACAGCCAUUUAAUUUGUGAUUAAAAUAUUUAAAAAUGUAAUAAAUGUAUAUAUUUUUUAUUCUGGCAUGAUUUUAUAACAUCAUAUAUCAACAUAGUGCAAAAUGAUAUUAAAAUUAUGUGUAGAAGUCGUUGCUUUGUUAUGAGAAAGAAUGUCUGGAAAAAUUAAUUUUAUUAAUGUCAUUCGGAGUAACCAAUAUAAAAGGGACCAUUUUGGAUCAAGUCAUGUGGUCAGUAUCAUGUGACAGGAUGUGACAUUAUUCAGACACCUGCAAAGGACCUCAUGGCCGUGAAGCGAACUGAUGGGAGACACUAUGUCCAGCCCUACAGGCACUGUGAAGGCAGAGGGCAUCAUGGUGCCUGACUUUGGCAGCGCACCACCAAAGGGCUGUCCAAUGCAUCAAGAUGUUAAUAAAAGUGAGAUGGGUGCCCCUCCGCCAGAAUGUCCAAUGCAUCAGGGGUCUGCACCUGCUAGCGAUCAGCUGAAGAAAGCGGCAGAUGUACCAGCACAUCAGGACAGGGCAUAUGAAUUUGUAGAGUGUCCUAUGAGAGCUGCUGACAGGGCUAAACCCACAAUGUCUGACAUCAAUCCAGCAAACAUGAUGCCACCACCUAACCAGCAACCUUCAGCUGAUCAACCGUUCCCGCUGUCUGUUGUAAGAGAGGAAUCUACCAUCCCUCGUGCUGGAUCUGAGCAGAAAUGGGUUUAUCCCUCAGAGCAGAUGUUCUGGAAUGCCAUGCUGAGAAAAGGAUGGCGCUGGAACAAUGAUGAUAUCAAACAGAAAGAUAUGACAAACAUCAUCAGGAUUCACAACCAGAAUAAUGAGCAAGCCUGGCAGGAAAUCCUGAGAUGGGAAAAGCUACAUUCUAAAGAAUGCCCAUGUGGACCUUCUCUUCUAAGGUUUGGUGGCAAAGCAAAAGACUUUUCACCCAGAGCCAGAUUUCGCCAUUGGAUGGGGCAUGAGCUACCGUUUGACAGGCAUGACUGGAUUAUUGACCGGUGUGGAAAAGAUGUCAGAUAUGUGAUAGACUACUAUGAUGGAGGCCAGGUGUCUAAGCAUACUAUCCUUGACGUGCGUCCUGCCUUCGAUUCCUUAGGAGCUGUUUGGGACCGUAUGAAAGUGGCCUGGUGGCGUUGGACCUCCACAUGAAUAUUCUCCACAUUGAGUCUUGUGUGAUCUAUAGAUAUACAUGAACUCAUUUAUAUAACUUACUUUUUUUUUUGCAAAUGGAAUCAUAAUGAACUCCUUAUUUUCCUUUAUGUACAUAUUCUCAUGACUUCCUCCAAUGACACAUGCGAAGAAUGCUAUAGUUGGCACUGUUGUUGCAGACAUACAGUAUCAUACAUUGUACUUUGUUACUGUAAUUAAAGAGGAAAUAGCAAAAUAAAUAAUAAUAAUAAUAAUAAUAAAGAAAUAGUACUCUUAUGAAGGCAUUCUGGCAUACAAAAAAUAAAGUGUACUGUAUGAUUUUUAAUGGCAUGUCAGUAUACUUUUGUCUUCCUGUUUUAUUGUAAAAUAUCUACAGUGUUAACCAUCCAGGGAGACUGACUGUGACGGUCAGUGACUGUGUAAAUACUCUGAUACAUGCUUUUUAGUUUUUCUUCAUAUCAAUUAUAUUUAUUUCUGCCAUAAAGUCAGUUGUUAAAGGAAUCUAUUAUAAUGUUCAUUAACAUGCUCACUCACUGUUUUCUAAUUUGCUACUGACAUGAUGUUCCAAACAAAUUAUGAAGAUGAAAUAUGUCACUCUACAGAACAGAAAUUAAAUACUUUGUUUAGGUACUGUCAAAAAGGAGCAUCAUUUAUACCUGUUUUUGGUGUGUAAUAUAAUUUUCUUUAAAUUUGAACUGUCUAGGGAUGGCACUUUUGUGCAACGCUGCUAUACAAUAAAAUGACCCAUCAACAUGAA